CGCCCCCACGGCCCUGUUCUCCUCGCACACUUGGCUUCGUCGCAGCCCGGGGCGAGCAGCGUUGGGUUUAUGUCUUUAUUGGACGAAAACGAGCUGUUGCGCAGCCACUGGUACCUGUAUUGGGGAAACAUAGCAUACAAGCAAGAACCUUACAGCCUCGGUGGCGAAAAUUUUUUCAUGUCAGAGACCGAGAACUCUUGCAGUCGUUUAUGUCAUCCCGUCUUCUCCAGACAGAAGAUACCAAAAAACUGCAAUCAAAGAUCUCUUCAUCUUAUUGAUAAAGCUACUAAUAAGGAAAAAUGUCUGUCAACGUCAACCGCAGUGUUUCAGAUCAGUUCUAUCGCUACAAAAUGCCCCGUCUGAUUGCCAAGGUGGAGGGCAAAGGAAAUGGAAUAAAGACAGUUAUAGUCAACAUGGUUGACGUUGCAAAGGCGCUUAAUCGGCCUCCAACGUAUCCUACCAAAUUUUUUGGUUGUGAGCUGGGAGCACAGACCCAGUUUGAUGUUAAGAAUGACCGUUACAUUGUCAAUGGAUCUCAUGAGGCGAAUAAGCUGCAAGACAUGUUGGAUGGAUUCAUUAAAAAAUUUGUUCUCUGUCCUGAGUGUGAGAAUCCUGAAACUGAUCUGCAUGUCAAUCCUAAGAAACAAACUAUAGGCAACUCUUGUAAAGCCUGUGGCUAUCGAGGCAUGCUUGACACAAACCAUAAACUCUGCACGUUCAUUCUCAAAAACCCACCUGAAAGUGGUGACACUGGUACAGGAAAGAAAGAAAAGGAGAAGAAGAACAGAAAAGGCAAGGACAAAGAGAAUGGUUCUGUGUCCAGCAAUGAGACACUUCCACCCCCACCACCAGAGGAGAUUACUCCUCCACAGGUUGUGGAGGAGGAGGACGAUGAUGACUGGGGUGAAGACACAACAGAAGAAGCCCAGAGACGUAGAAUGGAUGAAAUCAGUGACCAUGCAAAGAACCUCACACUUAGUGAAGACCUGGAAAGAACACUGGAGGAGAGAGUCAAUCUACUAUUUGAUUUUGUGAAGAAAAAGAAGGAAGAAGGUGUCAUUGAUACUUCGGACAAAGACAUUGUAGCAGAAGCAGAGAGACUGGAUGUAAAGGCCAUGGGCGCACUGGUUCUCACUGAAGUCCUUUUUGACGAAAAGAUUCGUGAACAGAUCAGGAAAUACAGACGUCACUUCCUUCGUUUCUGCCACAAUAACAAGAAAGCUCAAAAGUACCUUCUUCAUGGCUUUGAGUGUGUGGUAGCCAUGCAUCAGUCUCAACUUCUUUCCAAAAUACCACAUAUUUUGAAAGAAAUGUAUGAUGCAGAUCUCCUGGAAGAAGAAGUCAUUCUUGGCUGGGCAGAAAAGGCCUCAAAAAAAUACGUUUCAAGGGAGCUUGCCAAAGAAAUCCGUGUCAAAGCAGAACCAUUUAUUAAAUGGCUAAAGGAAGCUGAAGAAGAAUCUUCCGGGAAUGAAGACGAGGACGAAGAUGAAAACAUAGAGGUGGUGUACUCUACAACUGCCAGUGUACCUAAAGUUGAAACUGUGAAGCCUGCAAACAAAGAUGAUGAUAUCGAUAUUGAUGCCAUUUAAAGUGAUGCGACAUAGCUUCCAGCAUAAUAAUGCAAACUUCUCUGCAUUUUCUGCCAGAAGUGUGAUUUGUAUGUGCACAAGCUGAAAUGGCUUAACAUCCUGCUACUCUUUGUACUCUAAAAAUGUAUCUUUUUACUGUGACUGGUCUUGUGUAACUAAGCCUGAUACCAAGGGGUCAGCACAUAGGUGAACUGAUCUAGUUUGCAACUGGCAUGUUCUCUUUUGUUUUUUCUAACAUGUGUUGGACACACACUUGGAGCACAUUUAUACAGUUGUGGAAAUAAAAGGAUUUGGUUUUGGUCAAUCUUGA